GCAUCCCCCGGCCUCCGGCCACCCCCACUGUCCCAGCUUCCAACUCCACUACCCCUCCCCCUAGUCUCCUCCCUCCGCUCCGGUGACUGUGAGCCGGGCGACGGGGCCGGAGUCGUCGCAGCCACCUCAUUGCACAACCCGGCUUCCCAACUGUUUACACAGCCCGGCCUGUGAGUGUGUGUGAGUGUGUGUGUGUGUAUACAGCGUGAGUCACCGGGAGGCGGAGGAGGUGGAGGAAAAGGAGAAGGAGUGCGCUGGCCGGGAUCAGUGCGGCGCACACUCUUAUUCAGUCACUCUCUCUGAGCGCGUCUCGCUCGCUCACACGCCCGGAGCCCAGGAGCGCGCAGGAUCCCGAGCGGCGCGGAAAAGUUGUGCCGGCUUUUACUCAGGACUAAUUGCUUUGGGAAGUGCGUUUGCACUGUGAAGUCGCCGAGCCUGCGGAAUCCAGUCCUCGAGGCUCAGCACCCCGGAGCUCGGGCCGCCUCCACGUCCCGGACUAGCCACAGCUUCGGCAACAAUAGCGGCCCCCGCCGCCAGCGAGGCGCCCAGACCUGGUGCCUGCGGGAGUCUGGGGACCCCAGCCGGCCUCCCCGCCUCGGACGCGUGGCCAGCGUGGUCCUCGUGUGUAACGCCAGCGGACACGAACGGCUCUCGUUUUGCUCCCCUUGGGGGCCGAUCCAAGCCCCAUCUGCAAACUCCAUCCCGAGGGCUGGAAGAAGUCGCAGCGCCGAUCCAGGGAUUUACAAAGCCGGGGCCGCUCCGGCCAGGGCCGCGAUGCGGGUCGGUCCCGUGCGCUUUGCACUCAGCGGCGCCUCGCAGCCCCGCGGGCCGGCUCUACUGUUCCCGGCUGCCCGGGGUACCCCGGCCAAACGCCUGCUGGACGCGGACGACGCGGCGGCCGUGGCGGCCAAGUGUCCGCGCCUCUCUGAGUGCUCGAGCCCCCCAGACUACCUCAGUCCCCCGGGCUCGCCCUGCAGCCCGCAGCCUCCGCCCUCCGCGCAGGGGACCGGCGGCAGCUGUGCGAGCGUACCCGGGCCCAGCCGCAUCGCCGACUACCUGCUGCUGCCCCUAGCUGAGCGCGAGCAUGUGUCCCGGGCGCUGUGCAUCCACACCGGCCGCGAGCUGCGCUGCAAGGUGUUUCCCAUUAAACACUACCAGGACAAAAUCAGGCCUUAUAUCCAGCUGCCGUCGCACAGAAACAUCACUGGCAUCGUGGAAGUGAUCCUGGGGGAGACUAAGGCCUAUGUCUUCUUCGAGAAGGACUUUGGGGACAUGCACUCCUAUGUGCGAAGCCGGAAAAGGCUUCGGGAAGAGGAGGCCGCCCGGCUCUUCAAGCAGAUAGUUUCUGCCGUUGCCCACUGCCACCAGUCGGCCAUUGUGCUGGGGGACCUGAAACUUAGGAAAUUCGUCUUCUCCACAGAGGAGAGAACCCAGCUUAGGCUGGAAAGCCUGGAAGAUACACACAUCAUCAAGGGUGAAGAUGAUGCGCUGUCAGACAAGCAUGGCUGCCCAGCCUAUGUGAGCCCUGAGAUCCUCAACACUACUGGGACCUACUCAGGGAAGGCAGCUGAUGUUUGGAGCCUCGGGGUGAUGCUCUAUACACUUUUGGUUGGACGAUACCCAUUUCACGACUCAGACCCGAGUGCCCUUUUCUCCAAAAUCCGCCGUGGACAGUUCUGCAUUCCUGAGCAUGUUUCCCCCAAAGCCAGGUGUCUCAUCCGUAGCCUCCUGAGACGAGAACCUUCCGAGAGACUCGCAGCUCCUGAGAUCUUGCUCCAUCCCUGGUUUGACUAUGUCUUGGAACCAGGGUAUGUUGACUCAGAAAUGGGAGCUUUGGACCAGAUUGUUCCCGAAUACCAAGAGGGGAAUGACAUUAGUCCCUUCUUGUGCUAAUCCCAAAAACAACCUCAGAAACCUCGUGACUCUCACACAUGGUAUUUCCAUUUCUAAUGGGCAGGCCCUCUUACACGGUGCCAGCUAGAUGUGGGGACAGCGCACUAUUGUCCCUAUGGGGCUCAAUGUGGUGCCACCUCUCUGGGCUGAGUGACCUGAUUUGAGUGUCACAUACUCAGAUUAGCUCCUCGGCAGGGGUGUCCCCUUCUCAAUGAACAUCUUGACUGUCCCAGCGUCAGAUACAAGGGCGCCCGCCGCGUGUUUGGAAGCUAAUGGGAGCAAGCGUAUGGCCAUCCCACGUGGGGGUGUGUAAUGAACUUGAACAUUUGAAUGGAAAAGGAAGCACAUGGCACAGUGGCAUUUUAACAAGGUGGCAAAUCGUUUGGGGCGACAGACCUGCCAUCUUUGAACUUGUCUUUGAACGCCCCAAUUGCUGCUGUGGUUUCUCCAACCAGAAGUUUUUCUUUUUGUAACCCUCGCCCUGGCUGUACACUCACCCGUGACUGCCCCGGUGCUGGGACAGAUGGAGAAGCUCUGGAGCCUGCCCGAACCCAGACUGUUCCCCAGAACUUGCCAAGACCUCCUAUGCAAUAAUGCCGCGCCCCUCCCCCCACCCUGGAGCCUGUCCUCUUCAGCUAUGAAAGCACCCACCGGCUAAUCGUGGAAAAAUAUUGGGAGAUGCAAACUCCUGGCUGAUUCGGAACCUUUGAGCUCUGUCAGAAGCAAUGUUUUUGUUUUGUUUUUUUAAAUUAAUUUGAUCACUUGGUAUCUGUUAGCUCUUGAGGCGCUCGUCAAAUAUAGCAUUUAGCCUUUGCCCCUCACCCCGAAACCAUCUCCGGGUGGAACAUUUUGUGUGUGAGGACAAGGGUGCUCUCUCAGGAGCAUAUGUGAACCGUCUUUAGGCUUUAAAGAAAGCCAGCCUUGGAAAAGUCUCAGACAUCCAGAAUGAAACUGGACCCCCGCCCUCCGGUGGGAUGCUGUGCCCCUGGUAUCCAGGGUCUUCAGCUCCCUGUCAUGGGCUCUUUGGACUUUACGUGUUGUGUGGCUUGUGAAUCCAUCUGUGAUGCUGGCUUUGGAGGGACAGAGUGAACCUCGGAGAUGUAGCUGGAAAGGACUUUUAACAUCCACCCCGUGGAAAUUCUGCCUUCUUGCUGCCUGCCAGGAAUCCCCUAUUUCAACUUCCUUCCACAGGUGGGAACCCAGCCUUGGCCUGAAUGCUGCUGGGGAUGGAAACAGUUACUCCUUGCAAGAAAUGAAGCUUCUCAAAGAAGCUGCCAGAAGUUGCAUUAAAAAACAAAACAAACAAACAAAACCAGAUGAAAUAGCAGUCACUGUCUGGGACAGUGCUGAAACUAAGUGGUUAAACGGGUAACAAAAAUACUGUAUUUUGAGAAAUAGCAUAGAAGCAGGCGGGCAUCUUCAAGGGCUAUGCCUAGGCAGACUACUAACAUUGUGAGAAUGCCUUGUAUACCUCACGUACUGUGUACUUUAUAUUUGUACAUACAUUUUACCUUUUAUACA